GCUAUUUGGUGUAUGAAAAUACUUUUACGAUUCGAAUGGUGGAAUAUUGUUUUAAAUAAUUCGAAUUCUGAAAUGUUUAAAACAAUAUUCUGUAGUAUUCGACCGAAAGUUCGAAAUAUUUUGGGCAGAACCAAUAAAAGUUGGCCAAAUUUUGCGUACUCCACAAAUAACAAAAGCAUAGGAAAGGUCGAUUUCAACGCUGUAAAAAGAAUCCUGGAAACGCCGGACAAGUUAGUUAUCGAUGUCAGGACUGUGAAGGAAGUUGAAGAAACUGGAGAGAUACCAGGAAGCAUUAAUAUUGAUAUGGACCUCUUGACCAAGGUUCUGGGAGACUCAACGAGUCAACUUGAGUUCUAUACUUUAUUUGGUCGUGUGAAGCCAUCCACAUCCACCCAACUAAUUUUCUCCUGUCGAUCCGGGGAAAGAGCUAGAAAAUCUGCAGAACAAGCAAUUGAUCUGGGUUAUACCAAUGUCUGGGUAUACGAAGGUUCCUGGAUAGAUUGGUACCAAAAAACCAAGGAAUUAAAUAAUAACAAUUAGUUGUUUUACUUUAAAAAUAAAUAUAUUUUAUUGAU